AUGGCCGACCCGACGGAGCUGGUCAGUGGUCCUGAAGAGGAGGUCACAUUUGAACCCAAAGAUGUCAUUAGCAGGACGGUGGAAGUCUCGCUGACAACUGGUGCGGCUGGUCUAUUUCUCUCCACUGUGCAAAAUACCCUGUCUAGACAACAAGUCGGCGUUUUUGGCGUGUUCUCGAGGUACGGUGGAACGACUGUUUGGGCCACUGGAGCUGGAGCAUCGUAUGCCUUUAUUAGCACAGCUUCCGGUAACCUAAGGGAGAAGGAGGACUUCUGGAACCACUUCUACGGUGGUGCCGCUACAGGUGCCUUACUGGGUCUGCGUCGCCGCACAUUUCCUUCUGUCAUCGGAACCGCACUCUUCGCUGGUGCUGUUAUGGGUGGGCUUUCGUUUGCAGGUGGCCAGGUCUAUGCGACGGGUGAGACUCCCGAGGAGCGUAUUGCACGGAAAGAAGAGCAUCGACGAAGAUUCAGACGACCAUACCAGGAGAUGGUCAACGAGAUUGGUGAGGGCAGAGGCAUCUACCCCCCAGGCUACAAUGAGCGCCGCGCGCAGCGAAUUUCAGACAACUACGGUAUCGAAGUUCAGCCUCCAUACUAUGAACGCAAGAAGCAGGCUGGAAUAGAAACGAGUGCUAUCUGA